AUGGCUCUACGUUGUUCCCUCGUCGGCAUAGCCUUGAGCAUUGUUGUCGCGUAUGGCCUCUAUAUCGCUUUAGGAAUCAAUGGACUGAGUGCGACAUCGAGCAAUGUUCAACAAUAUAAGACUCUCUUGCCUACAGGCCACCGUCACGCCGAUACUGGAGUUUUCCACGCCAAGCAUCAAGCCCCAGGCACAGUAGCAGGAGGGAUACCCGACUUACCCACGAGCUCCCAGCGACAGGAAGAACAAAGAGCGAUAUUACUUGCACAGCUCCAGAGCAGCCGAUCGUCCGUCGCUGGUCGGAAGGGUUCGAGAUACCGCCUCCUAACGGCACUCUAUGGGUUUUGCAGAUACGAGGAGGUGAAUUUCAACGAGGUCGAGCGUGUGGAAAGUCUCUAUGCUAAGGUUCCCAGCUCGCAGCGCAAGAUGAUAGAACGAGGACUCAAUUAUACCUCCAAUUUCGCAAAGGCUCGAGAACUCUUCUCGCUGAACAGACACCUGGUGGACGAUAUCGUUAGACAUGCUCUGGAAUACUAUGAGCUCUCCGAGGACGAGUUAAAUACCUUUAUCAAUGUUGUCGAGAGUGACAAGGAAAAUGCAUUGAGGCCUGACCGGACAUCCGUCUCCCAAGCGCUCAAGCACGUGGUGCGAGAGUGGUCACUCGACGGCCAACACGAACGACUCGCAACAUUCCCUUGCGUGCUUGGAACUCUCCAGGAACUUUGUGCAGGCCCCGUUGAUCGUGCAGCAGGCAUCCCCGUCAAAGUCCUCCUUCCAGGCGCUGGGCUCAACAGACUCGCCCACGAGAUCGCCUCCCUCGACAGCCUGAGCUCGCGACUCGAGGUGACCACCAAUGAAUUUUCACCCUACAUGAACACCGUGUAUCAAUAUCUCCUGACCCUGCAGAUCCAUUCUUCCCUCUACUUCCACCCAUACCCGGACAACUGGUCACAUCAACCCACGCUCGCCGAACUGCACCGCGGUGUACACGCACCUGACAUUCUUCCGUCCCACACCAAGGCGAACGUGACCCUCGUCGAAGGAGACUUCACGCAAGCCUUCCACGCGCGGCAAUGGACAGCCAGCCAAGACGUGCUGAUCACGCACUUCUUCAUCGACACGGCGCGCAACCUGUUCUCGUACCUCGAGACCAUCCACCGCCUUCUCAAGCCCGGCGGAAUCUGGAUCAACGUCGGCCCGUUGCUGUGGAGCCACAAUGCCCAGUUACAGCUGUCGCUGGAAGAGGUGGUCAAGUUGAGCGAGUCCGUUGGAUUCGAGUUCCUCGAGUCCCAUGCCCGCUGCGGUGAUAGGACGCUGCCCCAGCUGACCGUGAGAAGCAUCUACGCCCCGUAUGGGUUCAAUCACAGGACUUUGAGUCAGAAUGCUUACAAGGCACAAUUCUGGGUUGCAAGGAAGGGGAGAUGA